CAGAAAGUUGCAGUCUGAAAUUUCGUUUUUGAGUUCAAUUGACCAAGAAAUACAAAGAGAAGUUAUGUUGCGAGUAAAAUGAGGGAGAUUAUAGAGGAGACGUAUCCCGAUUCCUGCAACAAUGCCAACCCUGCAACGAGGGAUGGCAACAUGGUGGAGAUCAAUCUCAAAAUAAUCGGCCCAGCUCGCCCUUCUCGAAUCCAAGUCGCUUCUCCAAUUAAAGUGUGUGAUUUGAGAAAAUUGAUUUCUGAAGAGAAUCAUUUUCCUAUCGAGAAUUUGAGGCUUAUUCUGUGUGGGAAGGUACUGCAUGAUAGUGAGGACGGGGAUGAUAUUUGCAUCCGACUGAAUAAUGCGGAUUCCUUGAUUGUUGUUGUGAAGCCAAAACCUCCUACUGGACUUGAAAUCGAAGAUGACGAUGAUGAUUUGGAGUUUCGACUACCACAUUCUACAAGCCGAUGGAAGAGGAAGCUCUACUGUUUUUUACAUAAUAGAAUGAAGGUUCCUGGUAUUCUUUUGAUGGCACUUUUCUCUCUUAGUUUGAAGGCAUGGACUAUUGUAGUUUUAUGGUUUGCCUUGGCACCUCUUGCCCAUAGAUGGGAUCUUGGACCUUUAUAUAUUCUUGGUACUGGCUUUUCAAUCAUUCUCCUGAAUCUUGGACAACGGCAACCGGGGGACAUCAGUGCAUACUCCAUCUUUAAUGAAGACUUCAGAGAGCUUCCUGGAACCCUAAAUGCAGACCGACUAGACAGAGAUGUCAGGACAGUUUUUGUAUACAGAUUGCAAUCCCUUGUGCUUUUUAAAACACAUUUACUUUUAAACAAGGGUAUGGAGGCUGUCUCAUUUCCUGCUAGCCGGAAGUUUAUAUUAGCAGUUUGGGAAAAAAAUUUCAAGGCAGGGCAAUAAAUUUGUAGGGCCUUGCAGACUGUUGAGGGGCAGCGCUACUGCAUAUUUGAACAGAAAUUUCAUGCAGUGUUCUCCAUUUGAUAGUUUUAUAUUUACCCAUCAAAAAGAGAAUGUCAUAUAUGAAAGGUAUUGGAAGAAGAAAUAGGAAGCUUAUAGAUUAUACAUGAACGCAAGACAUGUUUUUAGCGAAAUGAAGGUUACUUGACAUUACAGUA